AUGCAAAACACUUUUUCUAUUUGUUUUCAGCAACAUAUUUUAAUAGAGCAUUACCAAUCCCACAGUGUGAUGUUGUUCAUCAAAUUAAACUACAAAUCUGCGAAUUUCAUUUCGCAACUUCAAAUUAAUUUAAUCUCUUCCUCGAAAAAGGGUGUUGAGAUAUGGUCGAGACUUAAAGAACAUGAGAUCGACGACCUAAAUAAAACGUUGCUACGUCUUCACCUUCCAUCAACUCAUCUCUAUUUAAUGUUACCGAUGGAUGAAACUUUAAUUGAUAUUCAUGAACAUGUUACAACACAAAAACCCCACACGAUUUUAUUCCGUAAUCGACGAUGA